UUGUGCCCCCUCUGUUGGCAGCAUCCGCAGUGUCAUGCAGAAGUACCUGGAGGACCGGGGUGAGGUGACCUUUGAGAAAAUUUUCUCCCAAAAACUGGGGUACCAGCUCUUCCGAGACUUUUGUCUCAACCACCUGGAGGAGGCUAAACCCUUGGUGGAGUUCUAUGAGGAGAUCAAGAAAUACGAGAAGCUAGAGACAGAGGAGGAACGUGUGACCCGUAGCCGAGAGAUCUUUGACUCUUACAUCAUGAAGGAGCUGCUCGCCUGCUCUCAUCCCUUCUCCAAGAGUGCCACUGAGCACGUCCAGGGCCACCUGGCAAAGAAGCAGGUGCCUCCAGAUCUCUUCCAGCCAUACAUCGAGGAGAUUUGUCAGAACCUCCGAGGAGAUGUGUUUCAGAAGUUCAUUGAAAGCGAUAAGUUCACGCGAUUCUGCCAGUGGAAGAAUGUGGAGCUCAACAUCCACCUGACCAUGAAUGACUUCAGCGUACAUCGUAUCAUCGGUCGUGGGGGCUUCGGCGAGGUCUACGGGUGCCGGAAAGCAGACACUGGCAAGAUGUAUGCCAUGAAAUGUCUGGACAAGAAACGCAUCAAGAUGAAGCAGGGGGAGACCUUGGCCCUGAAUGAGCGAAUCAUGCUUUCCCUCGUCAGCACAGGGGACUGUCCCUUCAUCGUCUGCAUGUCAUACGCAUUCCACACGCCAGACAAGCUCAGCUUCAUCCUGGAUCUCAUGAAUGGUGGGGACCUGCACUACCACCUGUCCCAGCACGGGGUCUUCUCUGAGGCUGACAUGAGGUUCUACGCGGCCGAGAUCAUCCUGGGCCUAGAGCACAUGCACAACCGCUUUGUUGUUUACCGGGACCUGAAGCCAGCCAACAUCCUUCUGGACGAGCAUGGCCACGUGCGCAUCUCGGACCUGGGUCUGGCCUGUGACUUCUCCAAGAAGAAGCCCCAUGCCAGUGUGGGUACUCACGGGUAUAUGGCCCCCGAGGUCCUACAGAAGGGUGUGGCCUAUGACAGCAGUGCGGACUGGUUCUCCCUGGGCUGCAUGCUCUUCAAGUUGCUGCGGGGGCACAGCCCCUUCCGGCAGCACAAGACCAAAGACAAACAUGAGAUCGACCGCAUGACAUUGACAAUGGCUGUGGAGCUGCCUGACUCCUUCUCCCCUGAACUCCGCUCCCUGCUGGAAGGUUUGCUGCAGAGGGAUGUCAACCGAAGGCUGGGCUGCCUGGGCCGGGGGGCUCAAGAGGUAAAGGAAAGCCCCUUCUUCUGCUCACUGGACUGGCAGAUGGUCUUCUUGCAGAAGUAUCCACCCCCACUGAUCCCCCCACGGGGGGAGGUGAACGCAGCUGACGCUUUUGACAUUGGCUCCUUUGAUGAAGAGGACACAAAAGGAAUCAAGUUACUGGACAGUGACCAGGAGCUGUACCGAAACUUCCCCCUCACCAUCUCGGAGCGGUGGCAGCAGGAGGUGGCAGAGACAGUCUUUGACACCAUCAAUGCUGAAACUGACCGGCUAGAGGCCCGAAAGAAAGCCAAAAACAAGCAGCUGGGCCAUGAGGAAGACUACGCCCUGGGCAAGGACUGCAUCAUGCAUGGCUAUAUGUCCAAGAUGGGCAACCCCUUCCUGACACAGUGGCAGCGGCGCUACUUCUACCUGUUCCCUAACCGGCUGGAAUGGCGGGGCGAGGGCGAGGCCCCGCAGAGCCUGCUGACCAUGGAGGAGAUCCAGUCGGUGGAGGAGACGCAGAUCAAGGAGCGCAAGUGCCUCCUGCUCAAGAUCCGCGGUGGCAAACAGUUUGUCCUGCAGUGCGAUAGUGAUCCUGAGCUGGUGCAGUGGAAGAAGGAGCUGCGGGACGCCUACCGUGAGGCCCAGCAGCUGGUGCAGCGAGUGCCCAAGAUGAAGAACAAGCCCCGCUCACCUGUGGUGGAGUUGAGCAAGGUGCCGCUCAUCCAGCGCGGCAGUGCCAAUGGCCUCUGACCUGCCUACCCACCUGCCCGCCGCCUUUUAUAAACCUCUAAUUUAUUUUGUCGAAUUUUUAUUAUUUGUUUUCCCGCAAAGCGGAAAAGGUUUUAUUUUGUAAUUAUUGUGAUUUCCUGUGGCCCCAGCCUGGCCCAGUCCCCAGGAAGGGGCCCGCUUGCCUCAACUCUUGCUGCCACCACCACAGCCACUGUCCUGCACCCCUCACCCUGACCCCUGGAGCCACCCACUCCCAGUGUCUUCCUGUGGGGGACAGCAGCAGCCCCCUGCAGCCCUCCCCAGGGAAUGAAGCCACCCUGGGCUAUGCCACCUCAGGCUCUGUGGGCUGUGUUCUGCCCACAUCAUGGCCGGGUGUCCCAGUGUCCCCCACCCCAGGGGAGGGCACAGCACAGGGAUACUACUUGAACUUUCCCACCACAGCCCCUCCUGCAACAGAGGGACAGAGUCCUGUGCUGUCCUGCCCGCCAGCCAUUGCUGAGAGGAGGGGGCCCUUUGUGUCCCUGGCCCAGAGGCCUCCCAUGGUGACCAAUGCUCCUGGACCCUUGUUCAGAAAAGCCUCUGUGUCACUGGCUGGCUGCCUCCAUUGCCCCUGUCCCUGGACACUUGGGGCUCAGCCAAGAGGGUGGCCCUGGCAGCAGCUGCUCUUCCCCUCCCCACAGCCUCCACUCCCUCCCAUUGAGCACCAGGGCUCAGGUCCAUGGAUGGGCAACUGUGGAUUGGGCCCUACUGGCCUAGCCUGGCCCCCAGACUCCCUGGCCCUGGGCUGGCAAAGCCCCCACCCCCACCCAGGACCACAGCAGGCCAGCCUGCGAAGGUUGGUAGCACAAUGAGAGGGGGCCCCUCUGUCCAGCCCCACGGCCUAUGUCCUGUCAGUGCCACUGCUCAUGGGCGCCACCUUGCCCACCGCAUGCCCCCUGUGCCAGUUGCGCUGCCGUGUGUGGUGUUGCACCCUCCCCACCUCGGGCUGGGUUGGCACACCCUCCCUUCUCGUUUACUCACUCCUGGGGCGUUUCUUUGCCGAUUUUUGAAUGUGAUUUUAAAGAGUGGAAAAUGAGACUAUGCGUUUUUAUAAAAAAAUGGUGCCUGA